GUUUUAUCAGAGUGUUCAAUAUUGUGGCACUAGCAGUCAUGGCUCUUGCCAAUUUCACUAUGGACGGUUUUGGUUUGAAUCAUACAGACACCCUAGGGGUUGAUGCUCCUUCGUUUAAGCCUCAGUUCUCAGUACCGACUUCAAUAUUCACAGCUUUUGCGGGCAUUGUGGUCAUCUGGUGGUAUCUGAUUACCGUGAACAGAAAGAAGUACCCCAACAUUUAUGGCAACUAUGACUUCGAUGCUCCGAUCAUCGGGUACAAGUACAUGAUUCCGGCACGCUUGCAGUUCUUCCUCAACGGUCCUGCCAUGAUCAAGGAAGGGUAUGAAAAGUACAAGGACACCUUCUUCAAGGUCUCGGGCAAUGACCUCCUCAUCGUUCCCAACAAGUACCUCGCUGAGCUGGCCAGCAUGCCCCCUGAGAAGCUGAGUCUCAACACCGCCAUCGUGGAUGCAUUUCAGCGCCUCCACUCCAUCACCGCUGUCAUCACCGAUCACAGCUUGCAAUCGCGCAUGCUCAUGACCCGACUCACGCCCAAACUCGGGUUGCAUGUCCCUCUGGUGCAGGACCAGUUCCGCAAGUACCUGCCUCAGGAGCUUCCUGCCACGAAGGAUGAAUGGGCUAGCAUUAACGCCUUGCAUCUUGCACGACGCAUGGUCCACCGCGGCGUGGCCACUCAGUUCGUUGCCGAGCUUGCCGAAAAUGAGGAGUACUUGUCAACAGCGAUCGCGUACUCUGAGCAUGGCUUCAGGCACAACUUUCUCCUCCGUGUGUUCCCCGACUGGGCUAAGCCCGUCGUUGCUCGUUUCCUUCCUACGAGCUGGGGCGUGGAUCGCGCUCUGAAGAACGCCAAGCGCAUGGUCAUUCCUCUUAUCCACGAGCGCCGGCGCCGUGAGCGUGAAGACCCCACUUAUGAGCGGCCCGAUGAUUUUCUUCAACACUUGCUGGAUGGAGGGAAAGAGAUCGAGGAUGAUGACGAGACAACGGUACAGCGGCUGAUGGUCACCUAUCUGGGGUCUGGUCCGUCAACCAUCAUUGCCGUUGCACAGGUCCUGUUCGAUCUCUGCGCUCAUCCAGAGUAUGUGGAGCCUCUCAGACAGGAGGCGAUUGAGAUCUUGACCCAGGAGGGUGGGUAUACGAAAAAGGCGUUGGCCGACAUGAAGCAGAUGGAUAGUUUUAUGCGGGAGUCUCAGCGCCUGAGUCCGCCUACCUUGCUCGGUUUCAACGCUAUCGUCCGCCAACCGGUCACUCUACAUGACGGCGUCGUCCUCCCGGAAGGCGCCCACAUCCAGAUGGCAACCUACGCCAUCGGCAUCGACCCCGAGCGAGUCCCGAAUGCAGACAAAUUCGACGGUCUACGUCAGUUCAACAAUCGGAAGCGACCGGGCGAGAGCAACUGGCACCAAUUCACCACGACCAGCGAGAAUAACCUACACUUUGGCCACGGCAAGAUCGUGUGUCCGGGACGGUUCUUUGCCGAUCACUCCAUGAAGAUGAUUGUUAGUAACAUCUUGUUGAGAUACCAUCUUCGCUUUGUGGGCGGGUCGACGGAACGGCCUUCAAACUCGAGCAUGUAUGAUGUUGUGAUUCCGGAUUUGAGUACGUGUGUUGAGUUCAAGGUGAGGGAAGAUGCGCUCGCUUUCUAGGCUACUACGUACAUAUCUCUCUGCACACGACUUUACGCUUGAGUCUUUCCAUUGCGGUGAAGUUCUUGGUGGAUAUAAACGGAAUAUCUCUCAGUUCAAUUAGAUGAAACAAAAGGCCUUGAAUGGGCCAACGACUUCC